AUGUCUCCAAAUGUUUCUGGUGGUAAUCCCGCACCUCCUCCGAGAAAAAGAAAUAGAACAAAAGAGAUUCCAACACAUUUAGAUCCAGCUAUAAGUGAUAGUGUAAAAAAAUGGACUGCAGAAGAUGAUGUAUUGUUGAUGGGAGCUGUAUCACAUAUUGGAGAUCUUCGAAUAGUACAUGCAAUGUCAACAGGAUUAAGUAAAAAAUUUUCUUUACAUGAAGUGGAAGAACGGUGGUAUGAUUUAAUGUAUAAUGAUACAAUAAAUAAACAAGUUAAAAAACGUAUUGAAGUAAUGAACAAAGAUGUUAUAAAAGAAAUUCAAUCAAAAAUACCAUUUUCAGUGAAAGAAGAAGAUAUAAUUGGUAGAAUAUCUUCAACAACAAAAGUAAACUUAGGAACAUUUGAAGAUCUCAUUCAUCAGCAUCCAAAUAUUUUUCAUGUGGCGAGGACACCAAAAGUUCUUUUAGAUUUUUGGACAUCUUUAAAUAAAGUUGGUUAUCUUGAAGACCAAAGAAAAUCAUAUUAUACUGAUGAUACUAGUAGUGGAAUUGGAGCAGAAAAAUUAUUUGAUAUAUCACAAUUGAGAGAUGAUAGUGAUAGUGCAUUACAAACUCAGGCAAGUGGUAUUAUAAAAAAUAUUAAUGCAACAAAAAGAAUUUUUCAAGAUUGGGAAAAAGUAAAAACUGAAAUAAUUGAUGAAUAUCAUAAAUUUGAUAAUAAAAUAUUUGAUCUGAAAGGUAUACAGGCUUUAUUAAAAGGAAAAUUUAAUUAUUUUAUGAUAAAAGAUGAUAAAAUAGUUGUAGGAAGGCAAACAUUAAAUCAUCAUGUUGAUGUUAAUUUGGCAUUAGAAGGUCCUGCAGGAAGAAUUAGUAGAUGUAAUGCUAUUAUUAAAAAAGAUAAUAAAAAUAAUGAAUGGUUUAUACAAAAUGUUGGUUCAAGAACAAUAUUUGUUGAUUCAAAACCAUUAUUUUGUAAUGAAUUUGCUAGACUUCUUGAUGGCAGUGAUAUACAAAUUGCAUAUAUAUCUUUAUUUUUUAUUACUGGAUCAUCCUUAGAGCAAGAAUUAAAUAUAAGGUUAUCUGAUUCUGAAAAUAAGAUUGUACCAUAA